AUGGCGGCCGUCGGCGGCUGCAAAACGUGGGAGGUGACGGUCGGCACUAUCAGGCGGUCGCGGAUGGGACUCGGAUCGGUAUGGGUCCGCUGCCCCGCUGCGGCCGCUCGAAAGCUGUCAGAGGCGGGCAGGGUGCAAGUAGGCUGGGUCAUGGCAAGGGUGGAGGCCCUCAGACCCAGGCCUAUGCAAUGCUACAAGUGUCUGAAGACAGGCCACACCAUUGGUGCCUGUGACUCCCCUGUUGAUAGGGGUAGCAGGUGCUAUAGAUGUGGCCGCGAGGGGCACACCGCCAGCCUCUGUGAGGGGGAACUAAACUGUCCCCUGUGCGCAGAUCUGGGCAGGCCAGCCGGUCACAGAUUUGGUGGACCGGCCUGUACUCCUCCACCGGAGAAGAGGGUCGGUCGAAGAGGAGUCAACGGCGCGGCUGCGAAGUCCCAGAACAUAGCCGCGGACAAAGCCCCCAUCACAGGGGACAACAUGGAGAUGGAGGCCGCACCUGCGGCUAGUUCCCUACAACCCGGUGAUGAUGGACGUAGCCUGGAGGAGGCGAUGGACACGGCUCUUUAA